AUGUCCAACCUCUCUGAAGGAGCUCGCAGGGCUAUCAUUCUGCGCCUUCAUGACGAACGUGUAAACAAAGUUCUACCCCGUGGGGCCCAAACUCAAGUAGCAAACGAUUUUGGCGUUGAUCCAUCUACUGUAAGCUACCUGUGGGGGCGCCAUCUAGAGGUGCUUGCUGACGACGUGUUAGAUGACGACUGGGGCAAUAGAAUGCCAGGAAAUGUUGGGAGAAAGCCUAGAGAUCGCUCGGAGCUCGUUGAGUUGAUUCGUGCUGUACCGGUGGAAGAACGGCAGACGGAACCAAGUUUGGAGGCAGCUACGGGGAUAUCACGCCGGCUGCUGUCGUCACUGAAGAGUAAUGGCGUUCUACAGCGUCACACAUCGCGGAUUAAGCCGACGCUGACACCGCAAAACAAGAUGCAUCGGAUGCAGUUUGCUCUCUCUCGUGUCAACGAUGACACGAUGGAGUUCGACCCUCUCAUGGACGUGGUUCACGUAGAUGAGAAAUGGUUCAACGAGGACAAGGAUCGUCGCUCAUAUCUUCUUCUCGACGGUGAGACGGUUCCGUCCAUCCAGUACAAGAAGAUCAUUAGUGGGAUUGAGAAUUUAAUUCUUGCGAUUAAGGACACCUUUGAUAGCGUAGAUAUCGAGACUAUUGACAACAUUUUCGUCACAUUAGCCAAGGUAAUGGAGUGCAUUCUCAAAGAAAAGGCGACAACGCUUACAAGCUUCCUCACAUGGGCAAGGCGAAGCUAA